AUGAGUACUGAUGUUUCUGGUAACCAAAGGCCAUAUUCUACUCCUUUAUGUACCCUCUUCUUUGGAGCCAGCAAGAUCGGGCGUUCAGUCCCUACCCACUCCAUCAAAGACUCCGACCCUUUGAUGAAGCCAUUUCACCAGGGCCAAGGGUACAUCUGGCUUAGCGAUGUUGAUGAAGCGAUCACGGACAGGUUUAUGCAUUAUUUGUAUACUAAAGAGUAUAAACAUACCCUGGAAAUCGACUUAGAGGCGGCGACUCUUGGGGAGUUUGAAAACGCCAUCCGUCUCAUGUUUGCUGCAGAAACUUACGGCUUACCAACUCUAAAAGCCCAUGCAGAGAUAGAAGUGAACUAUCUUAAGUACAAACUGGGGCCUCUCGAGUUGUUCUCCGUCAUCAGGAAAAUGCAUCCGUACUUUCAAGGCCGGGAAUGGUUUCACUCGAUAAUAAUGGCUGAAAUACAGAGUGUUGAAGAAGAUGACUUGGGUUGGCCCUUUUUACUGGAAUGCAUACAUAAAGGUACCGGACAGGAUGUAGCGUUGGACAAGUUGAUUAUUCGGUGCUUAUUGGAAGCAUUGGCUGGGACACCCAUUGACUACUAA